GCACAGCGAGAAAGAGAGAGAGAGAGCUGCAGGAAAGGGGAACAUCACGCACGCACGGGGUGUCGUUGUGAAAGCAGUUGUUCCUCAACGUCCAGACAUCCAUCAACACUUAUUUUUACGCGUUAUUUUUGACGUGAUUUGCCGCACUAGCCGAGCGUUUUAAAUACAGCGUGAAACGGUGGUUUCCUGCAAGGGGGAUUUAAUGGGAGUCUUUCAUCGAUAAAGCGCUUCUCCACCCCCCCGCUUGACGGACCUUCGCUCGAACCGAACCGGACUCGGGCGCUGUCCUCACCGGGGGGUAUCCGAUCCCAGUUAUAUUUUGACUGCGAAACCAACACUCCGAAUUCCGAAUAUGGCAGGAAAUCUGAAGAAAGGUGGGGGGCUUAUUGGCAUGAUGAAGGACGCUUUUCAGCCUCACCAUCACCUCCACCACUCCCAUCACCAGCCCGGGGCCGUGGACAAAAAGACAGUGGAGAAAUGCUGGAAAUUCAUGGAUAAGGUGGUACGGUUAUGCCAGAAUCCCAAGCUGGCCUUGAAGAACAGUCCUCCGUACAUCCUGGACCUGUUGCCAGACACCUACCAGCAUCUCCGCACUAUCCUGUCCCGCUAUGAAGGCAAGAUGGAAACGCUGGGAGACAACGAGUACUUUCGUGUUUUCAUGGAGAACUUGACUAAGAAGACCAAGCAGACCAUAAGCCUGUUCAAAGACGGCAAAGAGCGAAUGUUUGAGGAGAACUCUCAGCCCAGACGGAACCUGACGAAAUUGUCGCUGAUAUUCAGUCACAUGCUCGCGGAGCUCAAAGCCAUCUUUCCCCACGGCCUGUUUCAAGGGGAUAACUUUAGAAUCACCAAAGCGGACGCCGCAGAGUUCUGGAGAAGAUCCUUCGGGGACAAGACCAUUGUGCCUUGGAAAGUGUUCCGGCAGGCCCUGCAUGAGUUUCACCCCAUCAGCUCGGGCCUGGAGGCCAUGGCGCUUAAAUCUACCAUUGACCUCACCUGCAAUGACUACAUCUCCGUCUUUGAGUUUGACAUCUUCACCAGGCUUUUCCAGCCAUGGUCGUCACUGUUAAGAAACUGGAACAGCCUGGCAGUGACUCAUCCGGGGUACAUGGCUUUUCUUACCUAUGAUGAAGUUAAAGCCCGUCUGCAAAAAUUCAUCCACAAGCCCGGCAGCUACAUCUUCAGGCUGAGCUGUACGCGGCUCGGCCAGUGGGCUAUCGGUUAUGUCACGGCUGAUGGGAACAUCUUGCAGACCAUUCCUCAUAACAAACCCCUCUUCCAGGCCCUCAUCGAUGGCUUUAGGGAAGGAUUCUACCUUUUCCCAGAUGGCCGCACUCAGAACCCUGACCUUACAGGUCUGUGUGAGCCGUCGCCUCAAGACCAUAUCAAAGUCACACAGGAGCAAUAUGAACUCUACUGUGAGAUGGGCUCAACCUUCCAGCUGUGUAAGAUCUGUGCUGAGAAUGACAAAGAUGUGAAGAUCGAGCCUUGUGGCCACCUCAUGUGCACUUCCUGUCUCACAGCCUGGCAGGAAUCAGAAGGACAGGGUUGCCCGUUCUGUCGCUGUGAAAUUAAGGGCACCGAGCCCAUCGUUGUUGACCCCUUUGAUCCCAAGGACCCCAACAGCGGAGGCUCCUACGGAGGCUGCAGGGGCAUGUUUGGAGCCGAGGGAGCCCCUUCGCCCAGCUAUGACGAUGACGAUGAUGAUCGUUUGGAGGAUUCUCCUUUUAUGAUUAGCAAGCUGGUCGGUUCUAAAGUGGAGAGGCCGCCCUCACCGCUGUCAGUCGCCCCUCAGGCCGCCGUUCCCCCAGUACCUCCUCGGCUGGAUCUGUUUCCUCUCAGACCCACCAACCCUCCCGGGGCCUCAAGUCCAGGGGCCACAUCUAAGGCCCCAUCCCAUCACAAGGACAAGCCAUUACCGCUGCCCCCGGCUCUAAGAGACCUGCCGCCACCACCUCCCCCGGACCGACCUCACCCUACCGGCUCUGACAACCGGCUCCCAAGACGCCCUCUCCCCAGUACACCAGGAGAACCUCCUCGCGACAAACUGCCUCCUGCCCCUCCGAACCGCAACAUGCCGGACUGGAACUCCCGGCCCGUACCCAAAGCCCCAUCACAGCCACCAGCAAGCGGAGAGUCUCGCGGAUCUCGAGAACUCUCUAACAGACACUCUCUGCCUCUGCAACUUCCUUCCACGCUCGACGCAAGAACAGAAGGCCCACGAAACAAUGGUCCCCCUAGCCUUGACCACCAGCUGAGUUUCGUAUCAUCCAUUUCUGGGUCAGAGUACGACAACCCGAAAGUAAAGCCAUCUGCUUCAGCUAAUGCCAUCUAUUCCUUGGCAAUCAGCAAUAAGGAUUUCUUGCGCUCAAACCUGUUAGAAAAAGAAAGCAGUCACAUGUGUGUUGACACUUCAUCCUGCGCUGACAGGCCUCUUCCAGCAGUUAAAUCGCAGACAGGGGAGGACGCCUCUGAGAACGAUGAGGAGUCGGAAUACAUGACUCCGUCUUCUCGACCAGUGCUGCCCUCUGCUGCGGGGGAUGCUGUGCCCAGACCACCACCUCCACUUUCUCUCAGUCCCAGAGGUUUGCUCAAUGAUUUGGAGUCAGAAAGCCCACAGAUGUAUGAAGCCAUGUACAAUAUCCAAGCCCAGGCCCUCACCACCUCUGGACCACAACAGGCCAGAGACUCAGAUUACUCUGAAUUGCCUCCUUUGACCUGCUCUAAUGGCCUGAGGGAUCAUGUUGGUGCAUGUGGUGAGAAGGAGGAGGAGGAGGAGGAAGAGGAGAACAGCUAUGACUACCCCAUGCCCCAUCUACCUGCCAACCUAGCCCGACGCACACUUUCAGAUGGUAACCCCACAUCCUCAGCCUUCAGUCGUCUUUCCAUAGACAGUGAGCUUGGUGCAACCGCAAUCAUGGACUCCUCUGAAGCCCCCGAGCGGCCUCCCAAGCCUCUCCCCCGUCGCAUCAACUCGGAUCGCAGGCCCAGCCCGGUUCCCCCCGGAGUGAGUCCAGGGCCAAGCCAGCAGAUCAGCAGUGAGAUCGAGCACCUCUUGAGCCAGGGCUAUUCCCAUCAGGACAUCCAAAAAGCCCUUAUGAUUGCACAGAACAAUAUUGAGAUGGCCAAGAACAUCCUGAGGGAGUUUGUGUCCAUCCCUUCUACUGCACAUAUAUUAACAUAGCGAAACUUCUCUGAGCACCCAGUCUCGGCCCGGCCACAGUCAUCUCGCAUUCAUCUCGGACUCCAGAAGAGACGAGCGCGUACUGGCGCUCUAGCUCUUGUGACGACGAGAGCCCCUUUCUUUGAAACACUUCUCGGAUUCUCUGUCCUCCUUUGUGCGGGCGGAAGAGCGAGGGGUUCUUUGCGAACGCUUCUUUAGCCUGAGGGCAACGCAUGUCCUCUGAGGACAAAAACAAACAAAAAAAGACAAACAUGUAUGUGUUUAUAUAUGAUUUAAUAUAUAAAUCAGAAUAUUGAGUAUAGUUAAUAUAUACACAUGUAUGUUGGAGAGGGUCAGGGAGUAUUAGGCCUCGGAGUUCGGAUAGCUAAAGGGAGUAAAACAGUGGACCGGUGUGGAAAAAUGGCCUUUACUUGUGUUGCUUCGGUACAUUUUGUUUUUGAGUGUGUAAUUUUCAUUUUCCGUCUGUCUAGUAGCAUGCCGUACGUGUCGGUCUCCACAGCGCAGCCGCCCGUUUCAGAGAGACCGGUCAGCCCAAAGCAACCCGUUCUCCGCCUGACCUUGACCUCCAGGGUACUGUGUGAACAAUUUUUUUUAUUUCAUUUUUUUUUUUUUUUUUUAAGCGCAUGGUGGCGGCUGGCAUCGGAAAUGGGCUCUCCGUCAGCCUUGAUACAUCUGUGUAGCAUUACUGUAACUGUACUGUACCAUGAAUUACACUUCCCAAAUGUUUAAGGACAGCCAGUCCUUCAGAUUCCCAGUAGGAAGUAACAUGCAUCGGAUGUCAGGGGAUAUGUAACCAAAUUGCUCUAAUCUGAAUGUGUCAUUAAUAUGGUGGUCUCCGACAGACUUUUGUGAAGUAAUGUGUUUACUAAAGAUAGUGUUCUCUAACAGAUUAAUGGGCGACAGGUUGGGCACAGUGAAA